AACCGGUCCCUUGAAAAAUAAUCAAAACCAUCUCACAUAACUAUCAAGUAUUGUUUAUACGAUGUGUUCAAGCGUGGCAACCCUGAAACACAUGUUUUGAAUUGUUGGUGUUGUUGCGAAACUAAAUCAUCUGCAAAUAUUUUGGAUUGAAAAAGCAACAUCGUUUCUAUGUUUGUCCCGCGAACGUGUCUUACUUUUUCCAGCCGCAAAUCGAUUUUUGCAGAAGUCAUAACAGCUGUUCUACAUCGACACAGAGGGAACUGUAUUAACAAUUCAUCCGGAUAUAGAACGCUUUCAAAUACAUCAAGCCGGAAAAUGACCUUAACGGAGACCGCAACCCACCAAAAGGCGCAGCCCAAGAAAUUGGAUCAGCUGGAGCCAAUAAUGCGCAUAAACAAUAUUGAAAAAUCGCAACAGGACACGCGCGAUUAUCGUGGCCUGCAGUUGGAAAACGGCCUAAAAGUAUUACUAAUAUCGGAUCCAACCACUGAUGUUUCGGCGGCUGCACUUUCCGUGCAGGUUGGUCACAUGUCAGACCCAGAGAACCUGCCUGGCUUGGCGCACUUUUGCGAGCACAUGCUCUUUCUGGGCACGGAGAAGUAUCCGCACGAAAACGGCUAUACCACGUACCUGUCCCAGAGCGGCGGUAGCAGCAAUGCUGCCACGUACCCGCUCAUGACAAAAUAUCACUUUCACGUUGCCCCCGACAAGCUAGACGGUGCGCUGGAUCGUUUCGCGCAAUUCUUUAUUGCGCCCCUGUUCACGCCCAGCGCAACCGAGCGAGAAAUCAACGCAGUUAAUUCGGAGCAUGAAAAGAAUUUAUCUAGCGAUCUGUGGCGGAUCAAGCAAGUGCAUCGGCACUUGGCCAAGUCGGAUCAUGCCUACAGCAAGUUCGGAAGCGGCAACAAGGCCACACUCUCCGAAAUACCCAAGUCCAAGGGCAUUGAUGUGCGUGAGGAGUUGUUAAAAUUUCACAAAUAUUGGUACUCAGCGAACAUCAUGUGCCUUGCUGUUAUUGGAAAAGAAUCGUUAGAUCAACUUGAAAGUAUGGUAAUGGAAAAGUUCUCAGAAAUAGAAAAUAAGAAUGUUAAGGUGCCAGAGUGGCCAAGGCAUCCCUACGGAGAGGAACAGUACGGGCAGAAGUUAAUGAUAGUGCCCAUUAAGGACAUACGUUCAUUAACGAUUAGCUUUACGACCGACGAUCUGACACAGUACUACAAAUCCGGGCCCGACAAUUAUUUGACGCAUCUUAUUGGACACGAGGGCAAAGGCAGCAUAUUGUCCGAGCUACGCAGGCUUGGCUGGUGUAAUGAUCUAAUGGCCGGCCAUCAGAACACACAGAAUGGCUUUGGUUUCUUUGAGAUUGUUGUGGAUCUAACACAAGAGGGCUUGGAGCAUGUUGAUGACAUUGUGAACAUAAUAUUUCAGUAUUUGUGCAUGUUGCGUAAAGAGGGUCCCAAGAAAUGGAUUUUUGAUGAAUGUGUUAAGCUAAACGAAAUGCGCUUCCGUUUCAAAGAGAAAGAGCAGCCCGAGAAUUUGGUUACCCAUGCAGUAUCAUCCAUGCAAAUAUUCCCACUAGAAGAGGUGCUCAUUGCACCAUAUAUGAGCAACGAGUGGCGUCCGGAAUUGGUUUGCAAGCUCUUAGACGAACUGGUGCCCAGCAAAAGUCGCAUUUCUCUGGUUAGCCAGAGCUUCGAGCAGUCUACCAAUCAAACGGAGCCGUAUUAUAAAACGAAAUAUGGCUUGGAGUGUAUACCUCAGAAGACAAUUUGUGCAUGGGAGAGUUGCGAAGUUAAUGAGAAUCUAAAGCUGGCACUGCCAAACAGUUUUAUACCGAGCAAUUUUGAAAUUGCCGAUGUGCCCAGUGAUGCCCCCAAGCAUCCCAUAAUCAUACUGGAUACGCCCAUUCUGCGCGUGUGGCACAAACAGGACAAUCAAUUCAACAAGCCCAAAGCAUGCAUGACCUUCGAUAUGUCUAAUCCUAUUGCCUAUUUAGAUCCCUUGAAUUGCAAUCUGAACCACAUGAUGGUUAUGCUGCUAAAGGAUCAGCUCAAUGAGUAUUUAUAUGACGCAGAGCUGGCUAGCCUUAAGCUGAGCGUUACCACCAAGCCAGGCGGCAUCGAUUUUACCAUACGUGGCUUCAAUGACAAGCAGGUUGUUCUGCUUGAGAAGCUGUUGGAUCACUUGUUUGACUUCAGCAUAGAUGAGAUGCGUUUCGACAUACUCAAGGAGGAGUACAUACGAUCAUUAAAGAAUUUCAAGGCAGAACAACCCUAUCAGCAUUCCAUUUAUUAUCUAGCCCUGCUACUCACCGAGAACGCCUGGGCAAACGUGGAACUAUUAGAUGCUAUGGAACUUGUUUCCUAUGACCGUGUGUUGAACUUUGCCAAGGAGUUCUUCCAGCGACUGCAUACGGAGUGCUUCAUUUUUGGCAACGUUACCAAGCAACAGGCAACGGACAUCGCUGGUCGCGUCAAUAAGCGAUUAGAGGAAACAAACGCUACAAAGUUGCCAAUAUUAGCGCGCCAAAUGCUAAAAAAGCGCGAGUACAAGUUGGUACCGGGUGAUAGUUAUCUGUUUGAAAAGGAAAAUGAGUAUCACAAGAGCUCCUGCACACAGCUCUAUAUGCAGUGUGGCGCCCAAACGGAUCUUACCAAUAUUAUGGUCAAUCUGGUGUCGCAAGUGCUCUCCGAGCCCUGCUACGAUUGCCUUCGCACAAAGGAGCAGCUAGGCUACAUUGUCUUCAGUGGCGUGCGCAAAGUGAACGGCGCCAAUGGUAUUCGCAUUAUUGUGCAGUCUGCGAAGCAUCCCGCGUUUGUCGAAGAUCGCAUCGAGAACUUCUUGCAGACCUAUUUGCAAACCAUUGAGGACAUGCCGUUGGAUGAGUUUGCGCGCCAUAAGGAAGCGUUGAUUGUCAAAAAGCUGGAGAAGCCCAAAACGAUAUUCCAGCAGUUUAGUCUCUUUUACGGUGAAAUUGCCAUGCAAACGUAUCACUUCGAACGCGAGGAGGCCGAAGUUGCAAUACUGCGCAAAAUUACGAAAGCCGAUUUUGUGGACUACUUCAAGAAAUUCAUAGCAAAAGAUGGCGAAGAGCGAAGAGUUUUAUCCGUGCACAUUGUCUCGACACUGAAAGAUCCGAAUGCUCCCAGCACGGAGGAGGACGAUGAAAGCCCGGUGACCAGCUCCGAACGUCAUACAACAAUUAACGAUAUUGUGGCAUUCAAAUCCUGCAAAGAGCUGUAUCCCAUUGCGAUGCCCUUCUUGGACAUCAAGGCCAAGGGCGCACGCAGCAAGCUCUAAGGUAGUCUUAAGUUUCUAAUCGGGUAGUGUCUGUCUGGGUUUAUGGUUGCUUUUUUUGGUUUAAUUUGAAUAAAAUGUAAACCUCUCACAAAUAUAAAA